AUGGCUAGAUACGCAUGGUACACAAGAGUUACUGAUACAUUACAUAGACUGACUGUUUUAACUUUAGUUGGUGGUACAUUAUACAUGUCUGGUGGGUUAAUAUAUACACUUUAUAUGAAUGGUAAAAGAUAUGAAAAACAAGUUAUGGAACAAGAGCAACAAAAAAAAAUUGAAGAUUCUGCUAAAUAA